AUGGCUGUGGUCGUGUGCAAUGUGGCUGAUCCCUGCUGUCGAAGACGGCGAAAAAUUAACCCUCAACAACAACAACAGCAGCAGCAACAACAACAACAACAACAACAACAACAACAACAACAACAACAACCACCACCACCACCACCACCACCAACAACACAACAACAACAACAGCAGCAGCAGCAGCAACAACAUCAACAACAACACCAGCAGCAACAUCACUACCACCACCAACAAACAACAACACAACAACAACAACCACAACCAUCGAGCAGCGCACAGCAAAGACAACACUAUGUCGCUACGACAAGAACAACGCUGUGA